AUCCAAUUACUCAAUCUGUUCUCAUCAUAUAAAAAAGUAUUUUUUUUUUCUAACGAUAAAAAUUUUGAUGAAGGAGUAAAAAGUAUAUUUAUCCAACAUUUCGCUCAAUAACUCGAUAGUGUAUUUGUAGUUAUCGAUUUUACCGGGUUAUCGGUCACAAAAUCUUAAAAUAAAAGUCGCCGGUUGCUUUACAUUGAUCCAAGGCCUCUGAAAUUUACAUAUUUUGUAGAUCGUAACUUGUCAUAAUAUCAUUUCACGCAUUUUUCUCUCAAAUGAGUUUAACAUAUAAAUAAAACAUCGUUCAAGAUAAAAUACCAACAAUGUGGCAGAGCUGUUUGAAACUUCGUUAACUGUUUCAUUGUCUUGAUAAUCCGCAAGAACUUCUGUUAUAUUCUAGUUUCGUUCUUGGAAAGUUUCGCCUUAAUAACGAUGUUUUCGCUGCCAGAAAAUGAAAGCGAUAAAGAAUUGGAUCCUGUCAAUGACAAGUCCUAACAGAGAAGAUAAAGAAACAAUCACAAUAUCCCCGCGACAUUCGUUGGGAUCCAGCUAUGAUGCUAUAUCAGAGUACAGUCUAGAGAGCUUACACGUGCACGCUGAUGAUUCUGAAGCAUCGUAUCGAAAAAUACUAGAGAUAGAUGCAGAAAUAAAUGCUAUAGAAAUAAGGAAAGAUGGACAAAUAGAUAAGACAGGAAUAGAGAUAUUAUAUAGAGAAAUUGAUACAGAAAUCGAUGUAUCAGAUAGAGAAAUAGAUGAUCAGUACUUUAUUGCCUGUGACGUUCAUGACUUCAGUCUACAAGAGUCAAAAGAUGAAAGUACCGAGACGGAAUUAGCUUACACCGUCGAUCUUGAUGAGCCAAAAGAUGAGACCAACGCAAAAGAUUUAGAGAGGCUUUACACGAAAUUUAUCAAAGUGAAGUCUGAAAAAAGCGAAAUGCUGAAAGAUUCCAAAGUUGAGAAGGAAAUGCAGGACCUGCUUGCAGAGAUUGAUACGCUGUUGAAAUCUGGACAAACAGAUUACAGAGAAAUAGUCUUGCAACUAUGCUCGAAUACAGUCAAUAUUCACUUUCUGCCGAUUGUAGUGACGAUUCUUCGGACAUGGGAGGAUACUAAUCUUAUGGAGCUAGAAGUUGACGAAUUGGUUGAAAAUUAUCCACUUUCAUGCCCAACAUAUUGGACAAAUCUAAUUGCUUAUGGGACGAAUUUGAGGGAUCUUAAAUAUAUCAUUGAAAUUCUCUAUCAUCUGGCUAACCCCAAGAUAAGUUCUGUGACUCAAGAUCUGCUGAAAAAGGUUAAAACUUUCUGGAAAGACGAGGAACUAAUCCACAUGACCGUAAAGUUGGUCAGCAAGCUUUGGAAAAUCGACUUUGGUCACAAAACGUACAUUCUGGUUGAUAACAAUGCAAUUACAGCUGUCUCACUCUUGUUGCGUUUUCUGUUUUCCAAGGAUCCGUCUUCAAUAAGUAUUCACAAAACGUUAGAUUUUAAUCCAAGACUCGAUACCCACUCUUCCCUUAUUUUGACUUGGUUGAGAGGGUUAUUUUUAGUACCUUGUCACGAAGGAAAGGCGUUAAAAGCUAUCCGCCCGAUUGUUUCGAUUCUGAAUUAUGGGCUCCAUCAAAUACUGGAAGAGAGCAGUCAAUCUGUGGACAAAUUUGAGAGUGACAAUUUAUUUAACAUCACUUUAAAGUUGCUGUGCACACUUCUGCAAAGUUCAACAACAGAACAGAAAAAUGACCUCAAACUGGUCGUUAAAUCAAAGAUAAUGGUAAGUCUGAUGGAAAUUUUUCAGAAGUUUCCACAAGAUGUCAUAUUUCCAAAAGUAAGUUUAGAGGCUGUUACCUCUGAAAGUGCCUUUCUUCAGCUAAUGAAAUGCUUCUUCAAGAGAAUGUCACAAUUUCCCGUCCCAAAAACUCCCCCAGAAGUAGAUGUGAUGAUGAAGACCAUGUUUGCCUUCUUCAACAGUGGGCUGCUUUGCCGUGAAGACACCCUAAAUGUUCGACAGGCGAUUCAGCACGACAAUUCUUCCAGUUACAGAGUUCGCUUGCCAUAUGCUGAAGCAUGUUUCAUAAUCUUCGAUAAGAUGUUGAAAUGUGAACAGUCAUUGAAAGUAUUUUUAGAAAAGAACUGCGAAUAUGACAUUGAAUAUUAUUUGCUAUCGAUGAUAGAGUUUGCACUAAGCAACAAGGACGACCCAAUCGUGGUUUGCUUGAUAGCAAAGAAACUUCGAGAUUUUUUAUCGGAUAGUCCAUCAUCCAGAACAGUUAAGCACUUCAUUCCGUUUAUCCACUGUGGCUUCAGUCACUUGACUACUACUAAAGAGAUUGAUGGACAUGACACGUUUAAGAAAGUCAGGGAAAAUGAAAAACGGCCUCCUGCCAGUACCAUUCUCUCUUCUAACUCUCUAACAUUAACUAUACUGAAGAUCCUAGAUUUUGUCGUGUUCAGAGGAACAUUAGCGCAAGUUAGAGAAAUGGAACUCGAAUACACUGUAAGUGAUGCGAUUUUUAGGAUCAUACAGUUGAGCAACACUGAUCAAAUUGUUUCCACGGCCUUGGCAUGUCUUCACAGUAUGUUAAAAGUACAUCAACUUAAUGUUGUAUCCUCUGAUCUGCUAAUCAAACAUAUUCCUUUUAUUUGGAAGAAGAGUAAAGAGUCAAAGGAACUGACUAAAGAUGCUACAAAAGUUAUAUUGAAGACCGGAUUCUUGAUGCUGAAUAAUGAUUCUCUGUGUCAACUUACCAAUAAUUUCGCGGAGAUCUUCACGGUUGUCAACAAUUAUGUUCGACACGAUUGGCAGAUAGAGCCAAGGAAUACUGAUGCUUUGUGUAUCAUCUGGAGUUUUGUGCGGACAGAUAGCCACAAAACAUUGAUCAAAGAGCUGAGGAGCAAACAUGACACUAACAAAACCGAAGGAUACUUAGCUUUCGGGAACAUAAGGAUCGCUAAAAUCUUUAAAUAUCUCUCAGAUAUAAUCAUCGGAUAUUUAGAUCGAAACCCUCCUUACAAUGUAAAAUAUCUUACUGAUUUGACCCAAUGCAUGGUUGUGAUUGCAAGAGCUAGCAGUCUUGAUGAGGAACUGUAUGUUCUUGAAGAUAUGGUGUCUCCGGCUAUGUGGCUUCUUGAAAAGCAACACGAUGAAAAGAUAGUGGCAAAUGUUAAAGAAUUUAUUAAGAUUUUGCAUUAACUGUGAAAAGUGUAGAUUGUAGGAAAAAUAAUGUAAGAGGGUUACCUAUGUACAUGUUUACUUACCUGAACUGGAACGAAAAUUGAUAUGAGGGUAUUUAUUGAUUAAUAUAGAAUGAGGAACGUUUUUGCGGUUAUUUGUUUAAAUUUGUUGACAAAUUUUGAUUAGUAAAAAUGUAUCUUGUAAGUCUUAUGAUAAAUGUUAUUUUCAAUGUGUCUUAGUCACAAUUGACUUUUUAGUUUAGUGUUACUUGGACUCAUUUAAUACGUACAGUUUAUACUUCAUGAUCAACAAUAGUCCACAAAACUGAGGGAUAG